CGUCAUAUAAUUAAACAUGGCGCUGGGAUGUGUGCGUGAAGUCCGCGGUUUGUCACUCCUCGUUGAAUGAAAGCGCAUUUCUCGCCGCGGAGGACAUAUCGCGGAGCUGCUCCGUUAUCGUCAAAAUGUUUCGUCGAUCAAGGUUUAGUAUUCGGCCUAAUGUCGGUACGGCAGGCAGAACAGCAGCAACACCUCAGGAAGCACCUUCGUCAAACCAGGAGUCCAGUGAGACCCCCAAAGACAUCAGUGAGAGCAGCACUCCCAUUGCUGUGACAGAUGUCAAAUCUGACGGGACCCCAUCUGAAAAAACAACAGCCCCUGUGGAUGGCAAUGACCAAAAUGCGGAAGGGGCCAGCUCCUCGGCUGCAGUCCAGAGAAGGAAGCGGUUUUCUGUCAAGCCUAAAGUGGCUCCUGGCCGCCCCUCCACCCUCGCUCGGACAUCGAGGUCCCUCGCCAAGGCAGAUACUGAAACUCCUGUUGAAACCCCCGGCUCAGACCUUGAAAAGCCAUCAACAUCCAUCCAAACUGGGACAACGGCUGCCCCUCAAGGACUCCAGUCCCCAAGGCGAAGAAGGCGUUCAGAGGAGAGCAAGCAGCCCAAAGCGCAGCCUAAACCAGCCCCUGACUCCUCUGAGCCCUCAGCUGUCCUUCUGCCUGAGGAUUCACUAGAACAAACAGAUCAGCCCGUGGACAGUGGCCUACAACUGGAAAGCAAGUCAGGCAGUCAAGUUGAAGAAGUUCCUCCCAGACCACCUGAUAAAGUGCUCUUCUCUAUACCAGACAGAGAAGCAGUUGAGUUAUCUGAGAGGGCCAAGUCUCUUGUGUCAUCUAAGAGUGGAAAUUCAUUGUCCCAAUCAGCGCUCUCUUUGAGUAGACUCCUAAAUGACCCAUCCGAUCUACAGAGGCUCGCCAAGGCCCAAAAACUUAGAGAGCUACUCAGACAAGAGAAGCACAAAGAAAAGAAACUCAAGAAAAUGAAGCCGCAUGUAAAGGAAUAUACUUUAGAUCCCACCAAAAUGACCAUGAGGGACCUUAUCCAUUAUCUACCGCUGUCCAACCCCAUGACAUCGACUGUAGAAGACAUUACUCAGGAAAAUGAGACUGUGCUCCCACCCUCGCCAGCAAGAGAACCGUCUCCAGAGAAAGUGCCGGAACCCGAAGCUCCCCCUGAACUGCCGAGCACCGUGGAGGAUGAAGAGGAGAUGGCAGAGGAAGAGGAUGACUCACUCAUGGUUCCUCAGGUCAAAGUAGCAGAGGAUGGCUCUCUCAUCAUUGAUGAAGAGAGCUUGACGGUGGAAGUCCAGCGAGCAAAAGGACCAAACCCAGCACAGGAUCGAGAUCCCAUCUUUGAGCGUGGCUCAACGACAACGUACUCGAGCUUCAGGAGAAGCAGCUAUUCAAAACCCUGGUCCAGUGAAGAGACAGACAUGUUCUACCUGUCAGUCAGUAUGGUGGGGACAGACUUCUCCAUGAUUUGCCAACUGUUUCCUCACAGAGCUCGAUCAGAGAUAAAGAACAAAUUCAAAAAAGAGGAGCGAGAGAAUUCCUGGAGGAUUGACAAGGCGUUUAGAGAGAGACGCAAGCUGGAUAUCGAGUAUUUUUCUAAGCUCCUCGAGAAAAUUUUGGAGGUUCAGCAAAACAGGAAGAAACUCAAGACACUUGUUAAGAAGAACUCCCCGAAGAAUUCAAAGAGAAAGACAAAGGGCAAAAAAGCUGAAAGCACGCUGAGUGAUUUGGAGGAAGAAAAUGAGGACGAUGCCAAUGAAGUUCCCAACCUGGAGGAUGAUGAGGAGGAGGAGGAGGGAGAGAAGGAGAACGAGAAUAUCUGUAAUGAAGGAGGAACCCCUGUUUCCAAGCCUAAGAAACAACGCAAAAGAAAGGCUAAACAGGCAGCUGUGAAUGAGGAAGCAAAUGAUAAGAAAAAGAAAACUGGUGAAAAGAACAAUGAACAAGGUGAGGCCUGCAUACCUGAAGACCCUGAAGACCCUGAAGCCACUCUUGCCGAAGACCAAACAACUCCAGACAUGUCUGAAAAGACUGAGAAUGUGAAUGCUUCCAAGGACACAGCGAUCAAGCCAGCUAAACUUUCCAGAGGCAGAGCCCCAAAACCGCUACUGCCUUUGGGACGAAAGUGGAGUAAAAAGCUUCCACCAGACUCAACAAAGGCCAAAGAUACUGCCUCAGAUAAAGAAGACGAGAGUGUGACUGAUGGAGCCUCGAAGGAGCAGGUAAAUCAAGAUCCAUCACCUUUAAAAGAGGAUGAUAAGAGGAAGUCAGACGAUGGUGACAUUUCCUCUGAAGAAGAGGAUGUCACUGCUCCCCCUCCGAAACCUACCAGGUAUGGAAGAGUGCCCAAGCCCACCAACCUCCUGAAUUACCCUGCCAAAGAAGAGGCCACCUCUGCGUCCAAUUCCUCCCCUGCCUCACCAGUGAUGUCUGCUGCUUCUGCUGCCAAGCCUAAACCCAAAUGCACUGCCAAGAGGGGACGGUCCUCAAAGCAACAAUCAGCCCAACAGUCCAAAAAGCCCAAACUAGUCACGCUCAGGACCUCUCGAUCAGAUUUCAGCGAUGAUGAUGAAGAGCAGCAGGAUCAGGAAGAGAUAGAGGAGGAGGAGUACCCUCUGUGUAGCCCCGGUGAGGACAGCACUGCCCCUGUGUUUGUGCCGGCCAGCCUGCGCUCCCCGCAACCUGUGAUUUCAGAGGUGGAAGAGACUAUGGAGGAGCUUGAUAUUUUGGCCAAUAUGCCUGAUGUGUUGGGCCUCUCCCAAGAUGUACUGUGCCCCGAUUCCUCAUUCGAGCUGGCACACACUGACACAGGAUCAGCUGAACCAUGUGAACAUCAGUUGGACCUGCUGGUUGACGUUAUAGAUUUCCUCUCUUCAGAACACCCAGAAGUAACUGAAGACGAGAGCUACAAUGAAGCUGCUCAAACUCUGUUGACCAUUGGCAACCUGACUCAGCUCUCAGAACAGAGUCAAAUAGUCACAGAAGACCACACAACAGGGACAACAUCAGUAAGUGCAGAAGAAACGGAGCAACCCCUGGGAGAUGCUGACCAAGAGGAAAACUGUGAAAUUCAUAUCAUGUUUGAUCAUGGAGACACAGAAAUAUCUGAAAUUAUUGCUACUGUGGAGCCACAACAAGGCACAACAGACAGUGGUGACGCUCUAAAGGUUGAACCCAGUGAGCAGUCGUGUGGUGGGCAGAAGACUGUGUCUUAUACAGAUUUUGGCCCUCAGCUACAGUCAAGUCCAGAGAGUGCAAAGAAACUCUCUCCACAGACCAGGAAAGGACGCUUGUCCAAGGUUAAACCCAAACCUAACCUAGGCCGAGGCUCCAGGACUGAACAGCCCAAAUCCCAACCAGAUGCAUCAACAGAACAGACAGCUGGAGGGAGCAACAUAGAGGCUUCCAACAUUCAAGUCACUGAAUCACUGUCAGCUCAUGAAGAAACAACCCCAAAGAUACUAGAAAAUACUCCAACAUCAUCAAUAGAUGACGAUUCCUCUACUAAAGUUAAACACACAGAAGAGCUGCAUGUCACUCAGGACAGGUCAGGUGCAGCAGCAUUAGACCAAAGUGCCUCAGAACACCAGAGUCACUGCUUUUCUGAUGCCCAGUUGGAAACCAGUGGAGAACAAGCCACCAGAGACACGAUAUCAGAUAAAAAGCUGAAGUCUCAUGCUGAAAUAAUUCAGAGUUUCUCUAGUAGUUUAGCAACAUCUGAAACAUCAGAUUCUGUUCCAGUUCACGAAGGGAGUCAACAUUCUGCUGCUUUCGUCCCACCUGUAGACGAUGUACCUGUCAGUCAGAAAGAAAAGAGUGAAGCUGCAUCUAUUAGCCAGAUCAAGAGAGGGCGGUCUCAAAAAGUAAAACCCAAACCAAUCCUAGCACAGACAUCAAGAACCGCUCGCUCUAAACCCCAAACUACAAAAGCCACAGUAGAGAAGGACCCCAGCCCAGCUCCAGACCACCAAAUCCAUGAAAAUACAAGAGAAGUUGAACCAGAAGCAACCAGCAGCAAAUGUCCUGAAAAAACAAAUCAGAGCACUGGUCCUGCUGCAGCUUUGAUACCAUCAUUUGAUUUAGGCUCUACCCAUACACCCGCAAUAGAACUGUCUACAGCUGAGGAGAAAAGGACAGAAGGUGGAUUGGAUCAGAGUGUCUCAAAAUACCAGAUCCUCUCUGAACCCAGUAACAGAAACACAGGGUCAAAAUCUGGAUCCACAGAUGAAAAAAUGGCUACAUGUGAUGACGCAACUGAAAGUAGGGACAACCUAGCUACAUCUGUCACAGUGUCACAAGUUGGGCAAGACUCUGGGCCAUUCCAAGAGAGCAGUGACCAUCCUGCUUCAUCUGUUACACCUGUAGACGCUGUAGCUGUCAGUCAGAAAGAAAAGAGUGAAGCUGCAUCUACUAGCCAGAUCAAGAAAGGGAGAUCUCAAAAAGUGAAACCCAAACCAAUCCUGGCACAGACAACAAGAACUGCUCGAUCUAAACCUCAAACUACAAAUGCCACAGUAGAGAAAGACCCCAGCCCAACUCCAGACCCCCAAAUCCAUCAAAAAACAAUAGAAGUUGAUCCAGAAGCAACCAGCAGCACCUCUCCUGAAGAUCCAAGUCAGAGCACUGGUCCUGCUGCAGCUUUGAUACCAUCAUUUGAUUUAGGCUCUACUCUUACACCCACAGAGGAGCUGUUUAAUCGUGGAUUGGAUCAGAGUUUCUCACAAAACCAGAUCCUCUCGGAACCCAGUAACAGAGACUUAGGGUCAACAUCUGGAUCCACAGAUGAAAAAAUGGCAACAUGUGAUGGAACAGCUGAGAAUAGUGAUAACAUGGUAACAUCUGCCUCAGCGGUCACCAAAUCACAAGUUGGGCAGGACUCAGCCCCAAAGAUCAGUUGCAAUCCUGCUCCAUCAGUUACACCUGUAGACGAUGUACCUGUCAGUCAGAAAGAAGAGAGUGAAGCUGCAUCUACUAGCCAGAUCAAGAGAGGGCGAUCUCAAAAGGUCAAACCAAACCUAGCACAGACAACAAGAACUGUUCGAUCUAAGCCUCAAACCACAGAAGACUCAGAAAAAUACUUUAGCCCGACUCCAGUCCCCAAAGUCAUUGAAAAAUCUAUAGGAGAAUCAGAAUUAAUCUGUGGCACAUCUGAUGAAAAACCCAGUCACAGCACUGGUCCUGCAUCAGUCUUGAUACCACUGUUCGAUUUAGGCUCUACUCUUACACCCACACAGGAGCUGUCUACAACUGAGGAGAGAAGGACAGCUGAUUCUCUUGUUGGUCAAGUGUACUUGCAAAACCAGAGCAUUUCAGAAACCAGUUACAUAGACACGGGGUCAACAUCUGGAUCCACAGAUGAUAAAAUGGCUACUGGUGAUGCAGCUUCAGUCCAAGAGAGCAAUGACCACCCUGCUUCAUUUGUUACAUCUGAAGAUUUAACGGUCAGUCAGAAAGAAGAGAGGGAAGUGGCAUCGACCAGCCAGAUCAGGAGAGGGAGAGCUCAGAAAAUCAAACCUAAACCAAACCUAGCAGCGAUAUCAAGAACCGCUCGGUCCAAGCCUCAAACCACAAAAGACCCUGUCAUGCAGGUGCAGCUUGUGGAGACACCCUCCAGCCCAACUGUAAAGCCUCAAUCCACUAAGAAGACAACAGCAGAGAUGGAAACUCCGCCAAUUUGCAGCAUCUCGCUUCCAAUUCAAAGUACUGACACUUCUACGGUUUCUGUACCAUCACUGGAAUUAUGCUCUACUCAUAAACCCUCAGAGGAAUCAUCUGCAACUAUGGAACAACAGACAGAAGUUGGACUAAACUCAAUCUUAAAAAGUUCCGAACCAAAUGUACCUCAUAGAAGACAACAGUUUUCCAAAGUCAAACCGAACUUAGGAUCAUCCACCAAAACCACACGGAUAAAAGUGCAGCCGAAGACAAUCAUUGAACCCUCAGUUAUGGACACCUCUUCAAAUGUAGCAUCAGAACCAUCACCUGUGGACAAUUCACAAACGGAAGUGAAACUGAUAGAGGAGGACUUAAAGCUCUUGACAUCCUCGCAAAAAUGUUCACCUGCAGAGUCAGAAAAGACAGAAGGUACAUCUUCUGAUGGUAUUUUGAUGGCAGCAUCAUGCGUUGCUGAGAAUCAGUCCUUGUUGCCAGACACAAUCCCUGAAAGUGAAAUCAGUGAAAUGUCCACGUUUGAGAGGAAAUCCACGGGGGACAAAAUGUCAAAUAAUGACAGCGUGGGGGCUGGACCUGCUUCACAAGUCCCGGAUCCAAUUACGGCCUCAGAGUCUCAGUCUCCAGAAGGUGGCUCCACAGAGUCAAAAAUAUCGUCUGUUUUGGCAACAAAUGUUUUCUCCAUAACAACCGUCCAAAGUUACUCGGAAGUAAAAAGUCAAGAUGCAGCCCAGCAAUGUUCAGAAACAAGAGAGACUCAUCAAACAUCAAAUGACAAAACUCAAUCCGCCUCAAGAACUGAGUUAGAACUCACAGACUCUUCCAAGUCUACAAAAAAAGGCCCUCAAAGUCGAAGAGGAAGGCUUGUUAUUCCCAAACCCAACCUGGGACGCAGCAGUCGGCCUCAACAACCCCAACAAGUCCGGUCCCCAGCACAAGCACAAGCAGAUACCGGUGCUCAAUCAGAAAGUUUGGACGCUUCAGUUUCCCUUAACCCCAUGUCUGAACUCCGACCCGACAUUCCAGAUCCAGUAGAGGGAGCUGUUGAAUCACAGAGUCACCAAGAGUCCUGCCCAAAUGACGCUCAGUCCUUGAUGGGUUUGACGCAAUUUAUUCAUCAGGAGAGUGACUCCCAUUCAAAUGAUGCCGUUUCCUCUAUGGGUUGUGUGACACAAGCAGUGGACAAUUCUUCUCAAAACACGUCCACAUUAGGCACAGAGGGGACCCAAAGUCAUCCAUGUCUCACAAUAUUCCCAGACUUGACGUCCGAGCCGAUGCCUCCAGGUUCAGAUAUACCGUUUUUCAUCCUUUCACUGAGUGAAAUCCCAGUCUGCUCCUCAGGGGAGCUGAUGGACAGUGCAGCAGGGCACCUACCUUAUCUUCAAGAUGGAGAUGCACCAAUACAGCAACUGAGUGUUCCUGGAGAGAGUCUGGCACCAGAGGAAGACACAUCUCUCUCUAAUGUCCCUGUGUCCAUGUCGCUGGAGGGGAGUGGUGAAAUGGGCUUUCUCUGUGUAAAAGAUGCUGGGCGGGUCUCGGCUGUACAUAAAGUCUCGGUCAUGGAGAAUCCAGAGGAUCCACAGGAGACAGUCCAGCCCCCCACAUUACCAGAAACUGUAGAGAGUAUUGCCAAGACUGAAACCCACCUUGCCAAGAAGAGGAUAUCAGGAACUGGAAGACGAGCCAAAGUGCAGGUGAAGCCCAAUACUACAAAAAAGACACAAGCCAGUAAGACGGUUGCUGCGAACACCAACCAGGAGUCAGGCCUUCCCGGGCCCUCCACGCAGACAGAAGCCUCUGAUGCAAAAACAACCGCAGGAAAGGUCGGUGUCACUGAGCCUCGGGAGAGAAGUGGUGACCAUGGAGACAUAGGAAAGGAGACUCUGUCGGUUGGGAAGAGUCCAGAGGAUGGAAGUCCAAGAGCACAAACUAAGACAAAGACCAGAAGAAUGAUCACUCGGGCAAGAAAACCCGAGGAUUUCCCUUCUUUCCUCUCGGACGCCAACACCAGGGACCCUCCUCUUGGCAAAGCAGCUUCCAAGGGCCCUAAGGUCCAAACUCCACGCACAGGAAAACACUCCACCUCGACACCUGCAGCUUCAACCUUCACUGUCGCUCCCUCACCUGGUCACACAGAGCAGUCACAGAAACUCAGCCAUUCAACCUCUUCUACCACAUCACCAGCACUGACCUCUCCCAGCACGUCUCAGUGUACAGCUGAGGUUUCAGCUCCGCAUCAAGGUGACUGCGUGGAGAGCAGCGCUACAGAGGUGGAGCCCACCAGUGUGUCUCAGUACUUCUUAAGUGAUAUUUUUACUGAAGUGGAGUAGGGAUGAAAGGGGGAGUGAAAGGAAGGACCUGCCAGCGGCUCAGCUUUUUCUUCAUUUUGUUGUGUAAAGUUAUCUCUGUAAAGAUUUAUUUAUAACUAAAAGGCUUUUCUUUUCCCUGUAGUGAAGUCAAGCUGAAUUUACUAUGUUUACAAAAACGUUUUCACUUUCACAAGCAUUUUGAACGUAUAAACAUUAUACUUGUAUGUUUACAACAUUGACUGCAUAUAAAGAUUCAUCUCCACGUCCUCCCACUCCAGAAACAAAGCUAAAAUGAUCCAGAUCUGAAUGCCACCAUCUUACGGAGACAUAAAAAUGAGCACUUGGACAUUCAUCAGUGUGAUAAUGAUCACCUAAAAUGACAGAAACCAUCUUUUAGAAAAAUGUGUUCCGUUCAGGUGUUGCAUCCUUUCGAGGACAUGGUCUGAGAUGGUCUCGUCUACAGAGGAUUUCGGUGCACCAGCCUGUCCCGCCCUUGCUUAGCAACAGAGCUGUAGUUGGACGUGAAAGUGUCAAUGUCCCUCUGUGUUUUAACACAGGAACUUGUUGAACUUGUUGAGUUGAAACAUGACACUCAAGCAUUGGACGUCUGGAUGCCAUUACCUUCAUGAAAAACAUUUUGUCACUGAAGCUCAAUGAAUCCUGGGACAGUUUUGGCCGGGAGUGAUACACCCAUUACUGCUUUCGACGCUCCUGGUUAAGGAUGCGUUUGUUGGCAGCCUUCGAAGUGGGACAGUUUAGCCGCGCCGCUGUGACACAAGCGCUCUUCAAAUGCAGCCUUCGAAGGAUGCUGCCCCUCAGAGACACACUGUUUGACUUUUAUUUUGGUCCAUGACCUAUCCAUCAAAGAGGAGACGGCAGCCAGACACCAGGUGGUGAUCAGGAUGCUUUGGCUUCACUUUGGGGGAGCUGCAGUGUCAUCCACCUUUAUUUACUGUCAAUGGUUAACUUAUUCAGUGUAUAUACUACUUGUGCUUGCCAAGAUGUGUUGGUCACCUACAUUGCAAACACACGUAAAUAACCAGUUCGAGGGAAGGAGGGGGCAGCUUUUUUUCAACAAUUCAUUGUUUCGAGCCUCAAAUUUCUUACGUUUUUUAUUUACAGCUAUAAUAAUGUAAAUAUUGUAGAAUAACAAAGAGUUCUUUAAAUGUUUCUCCAUAUUGCUUUCCAUACCACAACAUGGGUGACACGACUGGAUUAGGUGACAGUGUACAGCUGUACAUUUAAAUGCGCUACGUUUUUAAUGUUUAUGCGCAUGUGUAUUUUUGUAAUGUUUUAAUUUAUUUUAAUCUCAACCAAUUUUGUCUUUGUAUUUGAUUUAAAAAGAAUAGCUUAAAACUUAUUUCAUUUAGAAAACUCUAGACAAUACAUACAGAAUGCAAUUGCAUUAAUAUAUCCCCAUUCCGAGCAGAGGUAGUCAAACUUUUUUAGUAAUGACAAGUUACUUUGUAAUAUUGUGAGGUUAUUACACACAGCGUUCAAAGUGCGUUUAAUACUUGAAACAAAACACCGUGUCCUUAAAUAUUUCAUUAAGAAAUUGAAAGUAAAAGAUUGAUUUUUAUAGCAUCUGAAUAAAACAUAUUCUUCCACCA